GUACACAAACAUCCUAUCCCCUUCGAUCCCAUUGGCGAGCCAAAAACAUUGAAAUUUUAUCACUCAUAGCGUGGUUGCAUUCAUACUCAACGUCUACCGCGGGACGAACACGAUCAUCUGGGCAAAUAACGUGAAAGUUGUAGCCCCUAGUCUAUUGUGACGUUGGUGAGGGAGAAUAUUUGAACCCCCCCCCAAGCCUUCAAAUUUACCCCUGCCCGUGCUUUAAAUUAAAGGGGGGGGGGCUGAUUGAAGACUUUUCUUUCUCCUUUUCUUCUUUUUUUGUCCGUUCGCUGAUCGAUCGACCUUGCAAGGAAGCGUGCUGUGGGUUGCCGCUGCUUGGGGAUUACCAGCAACCACCCUCUGUCUCACACGUCGUUCCCUUGCGAGUAUAACGUCUCCGCCCCCCAAGCGAUUAUUAUUAUCGGUCUUAAAGGACCACAAGCGAAAACGUUUCUGGUUUCGAGAUGACGAUGUAUGUCUUUUUUUUUUGGUCAUUUGUUUACGCUUGGUCUUCGUGAGGUGCUCGGUUUAACAUUGGUGGGGGGGGUCGAUUCACAUUCUGGGCCGGUCAAUACAUCCGACUUGUCGCUCUCGGGUUUGGUAGAGGUCCAUCACCGAUCUUGGUAUGAACCUAUACCUCUUCAUUACCUGACAUACUUUGUGUACAAAAAAUCGGGGGGCCCGGUGGGCGGCGCUCCCGCGCCAAUGAUGAUGGCCCCUGUUAAAAGGUCCGAGAUCAUGUCUGCUCGUAAUACAGCGAAAGAUGGUGGUAGUAGUAUAUACCCAAUCGGGAUUCUGGGUGGUCAAGCAAGGGGAUGAAGUGUUCGACGAUAAAUGAUAGCGACUUUAAUAGCUCUCGCGGACGAUAUUGACCGCUCUGUUUCCCUC